CGCCAACUAGUUAACAAAUGAUCCCAACAUUUCCAACUCUCCAGCCCUGGUGUAUCCAAAACCACAGCCAGGAUUUAAUACCUCACUUAACACACUCUCAAAAUCAUACUAUAAAAUUCAUCCUCCUUGGAGGGCAACGCAAUGUCCACAGUCGACAGCCCCUUGCUAGGGCACAGACCUUCACACCCUCACCCAGAUGAUGUUGAGCAUCCACUGGGCCACAGUAAACGGCGGCAGGGACCCGGCUCCAAUGUCCUUAAAGUUCUAGCUGUCUUCUGGACAUUUCUUAUUAUGGGGGCGGGUGAUGCAGCAUAUGGGCCUUUGAUUCCCUACCUUGAAAAAUACUACGAAAUCUCACACGGCACCGUUUCGCUUCUAUUCCUCUCUCCUAUCUGUGGCUACACGCUUGCGGCACUCCUGAACAGCGAAGUCCACGUCCAAGUGGGCCGUCGUGGUAUCGCUUUCAUUUCAGCGACCUGCCACUUGCUAACGUUUAGUAUCGUCUCCUUGCAUCCUCGAUUCCCUAUCGUUGUGGUAUCUUUUGUGCUGUCUGGGUUCGGGAACGGGUUAGCAGACUCGGGAUGGAACGCUUGGAUAAGCAGCCUGUCUCGCUCGAACGAGUUACUGGGGAUGCUACAUGGCUUAUAUGGGCUGGGAGCUGUGUUGAGCCCAUUAAUCGUAUCCGGACUGGUGACUAAGGCCAAUUUUCCGUGGUUCUACUUUUACACUAUUAUGGCCGUGUGCGCUACUAUGGAAGCCGUUGUCUGCACCAUUGCCUUCUGGCAUGAUCGACCGAUCACCAGAGGAGCCGGCGAUGACCCCGAUGACAGUGAACAUGGUAGCCUAAAGCGUGCUCUUUUCCAACAGCCCUAUGCUCGGGUCACUUGGAUCUGCGCGCUCUUCCUGCUCAUUUACGUUGGAAUUGAAGUCGCUUUGGGCGGAUGGACAGUGGUCUUCAUGAUGCAGGUACGCCAUGGUAGCCCGUUUGCCAGCGGCAUGGCUGUUACAGGAUUCUGGCUGGGCAUCACCUGUGGCCGCAUUUUCCUCGGAUUUGUUACGCCGAUGAUAGGCGAAGAACCGGCAGUUACACUAUAUUCCGUGUUGGCGAUCAUCUUCGGCUUCAUCUUCUGGCUCGUGCCAAAUUUCAACGUCUCGGCAGUCGCAGUCUCCCUGCAAGGCUUCUUUCUUGGCCCUCUAUUUCCGGUCCUCAUUGCAGUGGCCACCAAGCUGCUUCCCCAAUCACUGCACGUGAGCUCGAUCGGCUUUGCCUCGGCAAUCGGAGGGGCUGGAGCAGCAUUGAUGCCAUCGGCGAUUGGUGCAGUGGCAGAAGCCAGAGGGGUCCAGAUUCUGCAGCCCUUCAUUCUUGGGCUCUCUGGUGCGGCUCUAGUCCUGUGGAUGUGUUUGUGGUGGAUUUCGAAAAGCAAUUCACGAACAUUGAGUUAAAGAAGUCAUUCUGCCCAGAAGAGAAGCUUUCUGUUAACGGGCAUGACGAAGAAACAUCCGGGACGAUGCCGAGCAGCGGUAAAAUUAUCAUCGACGUAACAAGGAUAGGGCCAGAACAAUCAAUCACCACUAGUUCAUCAUUU